UUAUCGUUAUCAAAUGGAGGAAAUUGCUUUCCAACCGUUCUACGAUAAGGCCAAGAACCCUCACGAGCACGAUUAAUAACAAGAUCGGAGGCCUCUUGUAGCUUCGAGAAAUCGUGAAGAGAAACAAGCCCUGGAACAACAACAAAACCUUGGGAAUCGUAGGUAUCCUUGAUGGGGGACAUGAUAGAAAUCAAGAACUGAAUUUUUCGCACGCCGUACUUCCUCGAUGGCAUUGAGUACAUGAUUCCUGUAGCCCCUACAUCGACUUCCUUUAUACAACCGGAGCCUCAGAAAAAGCCUCAAAAUGCAUUGAAAUUGUUUGCCUUGAAGCUCCGAGAAAUUGGUGGCCUUCCAGUUACAGAAUUCCUCAACACCCCCGAGGAAGAGUUACCACGUAUUCGUUAUGAUUUUGGUUUUCCAAAUACUACAUCUCCAUGGUAUUAUACACCCCAAACUCAAGAAGCAGCGGCAUCUCCAGGGGUUACUGCUGUCCAGCAACUUGAAAAUGCUUGUCGGGAGGCUUUUGGGAGGACGGAUGUACUUCAAUACAGCGUUUCUCUUAGUGAACCCGGUAUGAGCAAUGUAUUGCAUAUCGUCAAAAACAGUGGCAUGCGACGAACAUAUACGGGCACGUGUGAACACAAAACAGAGGUACAAGCAAGAGAGGAGGUGGCUCAAAUCGCCCUGCGAGAAGGGGCUUUGGCCUAUAUCUUGGACUCCGAGCCAGAUGAGCAGCUAAAUUCAAAAUUUGGGGAGUCGUCCAAUCCAGUACAGAUGAUCGAGGAUUGCUUUGCUCGAUGGAGGCGAGGACUCAAGCCACCUCAAUGGUUCACUUAUGAUCAUGGCGCAGCUCUGAACGUCCAACUCGCUUCUCCUCGAAUGCGUCGUGUCUAUUCUACUCCCGAGAACACCAAGUCAGAUGCGCAAGUUGUAUGCGCCCAAACCGCGAUCGAUUAUGGUGUUUUAGAUUUCAUUAAAUUCGGUGGUGGACAAGUUCGUCCUUCUUCACCGAAUCCACCGACGUCCGACAGAGGAAUCGCAAUGGUGUGGUCAAACGUGCAGGAAUUCAUCAACACUCUUCCCCGGCCGUUUCCUGAGUCCGAAUUCGAAGAUAAUCCUCAAAAAGUCGAAGACGGAAUCUUGCAAUGGUUCAAUAAGUUGCGCCAAGAUGCCAACAAGGCGCGCGCCCAUCCACUGGGAUUUCACUUUCAUUUUCUGCAAGUUAAACAUGCGUAUGGUUGUGUUCUCCGUAUUGAACCACCCCCAUCAGAUUCAGACCCAAAACACGCUCAAACUUACCUGGUUGAGCCACGUUUCUCCAAAAAAGCUAAAUCCAAAGUUGGCGUAUGUAUUCAGGCUAUGUCAGAGGGUGUCGGAAGUUUCCUGCGUGCAUAUGUCCCCGAUACCAAAACCACAUCUCCCGGAGUAAAUAGCUUAGUCACUUUGGAAAUGCAACGCUUUGUGAACGAAACAAUGUGGCCUGCGCUGGAGGCCGCUUGUCGAGAGGUAAGCCCAGGAGCUGCCAUCACCACUCAGUAUCCGAGAAGCGGAGGCAUUGGUUGCAUGAUCAAGAUAGUAGUUCAUCCUCUUCCCAGCAGGACAUCUGGUGUGGGGUUGAACACAUCCAGCAGCGUCUCGCACACGUACAGUGUACCAUCGGUAUACUCCUCCCGCAAUGAUGCACGCAUGUCGUUGGUGUGUGAGGCAGGCGAGAGAAUGCUACAGUUUAUCAAAUCCCGAGGAGCUCCUCCUCCUUCUGACGAUCCGCCACGUCCUGUGAAAAAGCCGAGGCUGGAAAAAUUGAUGGCCGCACCCAUGCAUUCAAUUGCGCGCGCUCAACCAAAGACUGAAGCUAAGAGAAAGCAGGGCGAGAAACGGUUUCAAAUGCAGGCAAGUGCAGUCCCGAAAUCGAUAAAAAAACCAAAGGAUUGGGACAGCGAUACCAAACAGCCCAAUAUCGACCUUGCAUACGAGCUUGAGCCGGGCGAAAUCGUUGCAGAUGACGAGGUAACUGUGGCAGGCCCAAGCACGUCUUCAAUCCCUCUACGUUCUAUGUAUUCAGCCUCAUCUAUGUAUUCUUGGUCUCAGCCGUCUCAAUCAACUUCGAACCUGAAACGGAAGCGCGAAACGGACGGAAUGGAAUGAGGAUAGUAGGUGAACAAGUUCUGAGAUAUAAAGCGGAGUAAUUCUGUUCUAAUAGUGUUCUAAUAACAUACAUUCUUCCAUAGAAAUGACCACCGG